ACGUAGUAGAGAGGAAUUCGAUAACGGAUUGACGGUUUUGUGUGAACGACUCGAGAUGAGGAAACAGGAGUAUACUAGGGAGUGUAGGGAAUUGGGGGGUAGGUCUGCAAAGGUUGAACAAAUCUUUCUUCGGAUAUGGGGCGUCGAUGACUCACACCUGGAAGGGCGGAUCCCCGAAACACAGGGGCAGGCAUCGCCCACCAUGGGAGAUGAUCAGGUUACGAGAUGCGACGAUCUCGCGAUCGAAGAUGAGGAGAGGGAGGAAAUGGAGCACGCGAUUGCCGCCAUCGCCAACACCAUCAGGGAUUCCCCCCUCACGGGUGGCCGAACAGUUGACAGCGCCUCGGAACGAGACAGAUACACUGCUUUCGCCCCCCUAGCAUCCGCGUACUGGGUAGAACACACGUCCACCGGGUUCCGACAUGCGAUCUGGAAGAUGGAGACCUUUAACCACGUCGCACCAAUCUCCAUCAGGGCACUUCAGUUCCUGGGCAACAUCACAGACGCACAAGUCAAGGAUUGCAGGACUCAGGAGCUGAAGGGUAAGCUGAAGUUCUCUGGGAGGGUCCCCCCACUGGAUCCCCAGGAUCUGAAGUUCCCGCCCAUGCAUGCCUUCGAUCCGGACAAGUGCGGCGAGACGAGCUUCGGGAUGUGGCAAAAGGCGAUUUGGCAACAGGAUAGAUUAGAUCCGAGGAACAUGAGAAAUAUAUGGAGCGUGGGUAGACCCUAUCUCAAAUGCAAGUGUAAGAAGGAGAAGAACAAGGACUGUGGGGACACUCCGCUAUGGUUCGACCAUGCCCUAUGGUUCUUACUCGCGCACCCGGAUGUACUAUUCUCGGACAUGUCUUCGAUUAAAAUCAGGACGUCAAUGCUGAUUCACUACCUCAGAAUCACGUGGAGGGAGGGUAUACUCGCCGCCAUCGCCUUUCACUUUAUCAGGGAUCUGAUGAUGGGCUUUAUCAGGGAACUGGAGAACGACGCCACACUCGACACGGAGGGACUGCUGAAGGACGACCGACUCUGGAAUUACCCGAUCCUCGCCAUGCUAGCACGGAUCAUGCUCCCCACGCGCAUCCCCGAGAAACCCACGAGAUUUCCGCUCAGCUCUCCACGUGUGAUGGCCUGGAAGAGAAACGCGGGCGUGCAAAUUCCGGGCCAGACCACGCUUAACUUUCGCAGAGUGACGCCCAUGAUCACGUUGCCAACGGGACGAAGGUCUUGGAAAAGACAGAAGUCGGAUUGCGACGUCUUCCUGCAUCUGAAGUACACCAGCAGGGUGAUGGAACCUUUUUCCAUCAGGAAAAUGGUCAAUGAGAUUCUGGCGAGGAUAAUCGGAGAUGACACGGCAACGUGGCUGGAGUGUACAAUGAUUGGAUGGACUUAUAACGCCAGUAUCGCAUCCAGACUCUGCAGACCUGUGGAGGUGUUCUGCGACUUCGACGUGGCGCAAUGGAUGGAGGUCUAUGAUCCGGAGUUGUGCCCAUGCAGAUCACGCAGGUACGCGGACAUGCGCAACCCUGCCUCUCUGAAUCUACUCCAGUCUGAACGACACACGCACGUAAUCAUGCUCGACUCAUCGAUCACGGAUAACCCUCUACUGCAAGGGAUCAUUAACUCAGGACUGAACCACAUCCCCUGCAUGGCUUUGGAUGUCGACGUGGCGGAGAACGAGGUGGGCGAUUUCCUGGAUCGGCUCAUGACAAGGGUGUUGGAACUGCGGGAGCUCACAGCGUCCUCACAGUCAUUUCUGCGAAGGGUGAUUUUGAGGAGGGCGAGAGCGAAGAUGUCCAAAUACAAGGAGCAACACAGACACGUUUCUGUGGAACCGUUCGAGCAUUCUGCGGUAAAACGGGAGCUGGAAUUUCUCGUUGGGCGCUUUCUCAUCUGUCCUACCCACAAGGCACCGAACACUCCAGUGUUCGUUUGUAAGAACUUCAUCCGAAAACUUGCCUUCCAUAGGCUGUCCGGACCGGAGUUUGCGAGCAUCGCCGCCCCCCCUGCCGCGGUGGUUACACGGAUACAAGGCGGGCUCUCGGCCUUUCCAGCACUACCAAUGGCACCCCUGGCGCUCCCAUACCUGAUGGCGGUUUUCAAGGCGCACAAGGGCGCAUUCCGGUGGAUCACGAACACAGUCGGCAUAGUCAUCUCCCCGGCGGCGGACCUCUGUGCAUGCCUUAUGCGAUUCCUUCUUCCCCUAGUGCAGACAUUCUGUCAGGAGAGAAGCCUGGAGAUGCAGGAGCAGUAUGGGGUGAGACCAAACCUCUGGUGGUCGAUAGCCUCGGUGGGGGAAUUCUGCGCAAACCUGACGGAGAGAAUCUUCUUUGUUUUCACGGCGGACAUCACCAAGUGCUUCGAGACAAUCCCCACGGACAACUCAGAAGACGGCCUACCUGCGACGGUGAGAUUCUACGUGCAGAGUGCGAUGCGAGUGAGGAGGGAGAGGAGCUCAUGCCACAUUGUUCAGAUCAGAUUGGGAGAUGACGGCAAGUGCUGGCCUUCGUGGGUGGAUGCCGAUGAAGCCGAGGGGAUGGGCACGAUGCUAUUCAAGGAGGAGGACAUCUGCUGGCUUUCUGAUUGGUGAAUCGCCAAUAGCGUGCUGCGCAUGGGGGACU